UUCCCGCGGUUUUACUAAUUGUUGGUGUAUUUGUUGUUUAAGUGCUGCUAAACUGCAGUUUAAUCAAUUUAAUUUAAAGUGCAAGUGUGUACCAAGUAGUGUGUGCUUUAGUUGUUCUUAGAUGACGUCGAGGGAACGUCCAUGGAUGCGUGCGUGUGUGUAUGAGAAAAAAUAAAUCCUAUUGCGUCGCCAGCACAAUGCUGUAUCGAUAUGCGUGAGCGGCUGCCGCCAAAAAGUUGUGUAUUCCCGCUCUUUUGCUAAUUGUUGGUGUAUUUUUUGUUUAAGUGAUGCAAAAUUGCAGUUUAUUAAUUUAAUAUCAAGUGCAAAGGUGUGCCAAGCAGUGUGUUUUUUGUUUUUGUGCAGGAAAGUCUUCAAAUCCAAGCAGAAUCCGUAGAUGACGCCGAAGACACAUUCAUGGAUGCAUGCGUGUGUGUGCGAGGACGCAUAAAAGCAAUUCCAGAGAGAUUGAGCACGAGUGCACGAUCAGCACUUCCAGCCGAAAGACGGAAGUUCUCGAGCCCAAAGCUUCGUUGUUCAUUCAAUCCUGCGGACGCCACGGCAGAGAAAACAACAGAACGGAGACUACCGAGUGGAAUUUUACUUUAAUUUCGCAAGCUGUGAUUUUUACAUCAGACACAACACAACAAUAAUUCAGAGAGCACUCCGCUCGGCGACUGGGGAGCGAAGCCGUCAUGGCAAUGAAUCUGGAAGAUACUUUAAACAAGUUCAACCGCGAACUAAUCAACUUCGACCAACACCGACAGAAAUACACCGAGCACUACAGCGAGCUGCGGAACAAGCUCUACUCCCUGUGGAAGGCAGAACUGGGCAAGCUGCUCAAGGGAUCCACCCUGGGAGGAAGCUAUGGCGACAAUCUGAAGGUGUCCAUGCCGGAUGAGUUUGACUUGGUGAUUCAUUUGGUGUUUCCCCAGAAUGACAAAAUCAUUGUGAGGCCGGACCCCAGUCGCCCAGGGAACGUGACUCUCGAUAUGACAAAGGUGAUGGAGGCCAUCAGGGAGAAGGAAAGUGUUAUCUACGGGCAACUCCAGAAGAUGGUCAACGGAAAGAACUUGCUCCUAGAGGACAGGCUACAGAACUGGCUGCAGAGCCUAAUGACUCAGGCGCUGAACAAGAUGGAUAACAAGAUCGAGGUGAGCAAGUCGAUCUCCAAGUUGAAGUACAAGAAGUCAGGGCCAGCGCACACCAUCUACGUGGAGGGGCCCUACAAGUACUCCGUGGACUUUGUGCCGGCCAUCAAGCUGACUGCCGCGCAGAGCAUCCUUGUUGCCCAGCAGAAGGCACAUUUUGGCCACACCACGCAUUGGGAUGCGAUUCCCAAACCCUUGAAGCCGCCCCAGACCGACAACAUAUCCUUCCGGGCCUCCUACUACGACGCCGAGCAUGAACUGCUCAAGGACAAGGGCAACCUGAAGAGCGCCGUGCGGCUGCUGAAGAAGUUCCGCGACACCAAGCAGAACCUGGGCAAUCUGAAGAGCUACUUCAUCAAGACAGUAUUCCUCUGGGAGGUCACCAAGCGGGAUCGCAGCUACUGGCAGAGUCCCCUCCAUGAGAUCUUCAUUGAGAUGAUGAACAAGCUGGCCAAUUCGCUGACUCCGAACAAGGGCAGGAUCCUAUUCUUCUGGGACCCCAAACUGAAUAUGAUUGGCGACCUGAGCUGCAACCAACGCGCGGAAAUGUUCAACUGUGUGUCGAAGGGCGAGUACCGUUUCCACAGGGCAGCCGGCAACCUCACGGAUGACAUCAAGGAAAACAUGCACAGCUCCUUCAGUAACCGCGAGCAACGGGGCAUAGAGAAAAAGCCUGCCCAGCCGAAGCCCAAACUCAGUUCCGAGGUGUGCGAGAAGAAAACUGUGGAAACUCAGACCGAGUGCAAACCUAAAGCGAAGGGUUCUACAACUCAACUGGAAAUCUCAACAGCCAAUCUCCAGUUGGGUGCUAAAAAGAAAGAUUCCACUUCUUUGCUUCCUUCGCCGCCGGGUUCUGCUUCGAACCCGAACCUCAACCUAAAGAAAACUGUGGAAGAGGAAAGUCAAAGCAAGAAAAAGACGAAGGAGCAUGCUGGCUCGAUUGCUGCAAGUGAGAAGGGAAUUGUAAUGCCCAAGCCCCAGUUGGGUGUCAAAAAGAAGGCAAGCGAAACCAAGCCGAAGGCAAGCGGAUCCCAGUCGGAAACUGCAACCAACUCGAAGCUGAAGCCGUACGUCGACUCGGCAUCGUUCUGCAACUUGGGCUAGACAUGGAAGUGGAGGAGGAGUAGCAGUGCGAGCGGC